AUGACCAACAGCCGCCUGAGUGGGUCUGCUACUGAGGACGUAGACGAGAAAUUUUAUCGUGCGGAUGAUCUACAAGACCCACAUGAGAGCACACUGCACCGUGGACUCAAGGCCCGCCAAAUGUCCAUGAUAGCACUAGGCGGGACUAUCGGCACAGGUUUAAUCAUGAGCUCCGGAACUGCGUUGGUUCAGGGUGGUCCCCUUGGUCUUUGUCUCGGCUUCCUGUUCGUCGGUCUCAUUUGUUUUCUGACUCUUGCGGCCCUGGGGGAGAUGACUGCGUAUCUCCCACAUAAGAAGGGUUUUGCUGGGUAUGCAACGCGUUUUGUGGACCCGGCCCUUGGUUUCGCACUAGGCUGGGUAUACCUUAUCAAGUACCUCAUUGCUCCUGCGAGUAAUAUCAAUGCAGCUGGCAUUGUGAUGCAAUAUUGGACGCUCUCGGUGCCCAUCGAGGUCUGGGCAGCAUUGUACAUGGUCCUCGUUGUUAUCAUGAACUUGCUUGGUAUACGAUUUUUUGGAGAAUUGGAGUUUUGGAUGAGCGGCCUGAAGAUCGUAUCCCUGAUGGGCCUGAUUCUUCUUGGGAUUAUCAUCGAUCUCGGAGGAAACCCCAAACAUGAUCGCAUUGGAUUCCGAUACUGGCGGCAACCAAAUGGACCCAUGGGCAGCUACCUUGUCGACCAGGUGCACAAUGAGCAACUCGCGGUCUUCCUUGGAUUCUGGAGCACGUUGACCACUGCGUUGUUUGCAUACAUUGGCAGCGAAUUGGUUGCGGUAACGGCUGGAGAAGCACAGAACCCGAGGAAAUCGAUUCCCAGAGCUAUCAAGUCGACUUUUUUUCGUAUCUUCGUGUUCUAUAUCGGAUGCGUAUUUGUGAUUAGUCUUAUCGUGCCGAGCACCAGCACUCAACUAUUGGUUGCCAAUAGCUCGCGUGCAGGGGCAGCAGCAUCACCCUUCGUUGUUGGCGUCACUCUGGUCGGAAUCAAAGGGCUCAACCAUGUCAUCAAUGCAAUGAUUCUCCUCUUUACCAUCAGUGCUGCCAAUAGUGAUCUAUACAUCGCAUCCCGGACACUCUACGGUCUCGCGAUAGAACGAAAGGCACCCCAGAUAUUCGCGAAAGUAAAUAAAAGAGGUGUUCCUUGGGUGUCUUUGCUCUUUGUAUCGUUAUUCAUCAGCUUAACGUUCCUGAACGCAAGCACUUCAAGCUCUACGGUGUUCGCAUAUGGGGUCAACCUUCUUUCUGCGUUUGGGGCCAUCACCUGGAUGACCAUCGCUUAUAGUCACAUACGCUUUAUGCAGGCGCUCAAGGCUCAAGGCAUCUCGCGCGAUAGUCUGCCGUAUAAGGGGCCGUGUCAACCGCUUGGCUCUUGGUUCGUUCUCGUUUCAACUGGAAUAAUUCUUCUCUUCAAAGGGUUCUUCACAGUCUUUAAUAUAGGUCAGUACCUCCCAGUCCCAUUGUUUUUUAUAUUCUGGCUUGGAUAUAAAAUUCGUCACCGGACCCGAGUUAUACCAUCAUCCAAGGUCGAUCUCAUCACAGGCAAACGGGAGAUCGAUGAGGAAGAGGAACUAUUCACACUGAGGGAAAAGGCGCGCGAGGGUAAGAUGUCGAGAUGGCAGAGACUUGUGGAUGUGUUAUGA